CUCUCUCCCCCUCUCCACCUUCCACUAUAAAAUAAAUACCACAAAAACCCAGUAUCCAUAAGACCAUAACCAUCCCCUGCUUUCAAACUCUCAAAGACAUUUCUUUCCCAAUUCCUCUCAUUUCUCUAAUCUCUUCGCUUUCCUCCCCAUCUAACUCAAUCACUUACAGCGACGAAAUAUUACGCUUCUUUGCGACAAAUCCGAAAAACGAAAUGGAGUUGAUCAGCGCACUGCCGGAAGAAUGUCUCUCCUCAAUCCUCUGUUUCACUUCCCCACAGGACGCCUGCCGAUCGUCGGCGGUCUCCGCCGAGUUCCAUUCCGUUGCCGAUUCCGACACCGUCUGGGAGAAUUUCCUCCCGUCCGAUUACCGAUGCACUGUCGCUGAUUCCGUUCCCGCCCUCCAAUUCUCCUCCAAGAAGGAGCUCUACCGCAAGCUCUGCGACUCUGUUCUCGUCGACGGCGGCCGAAAGAGAUUGAAGCUGGAGAUAUUGUCCGGGAAGAAAUGUUACGAAUUGUCGGCCAGAGAUCUUUCCAUCACUUGGGGCAGUGAAUCAAUGUACUGGGCUUGGACUUCGAUUCCCGAAUCAAGAUUCUCGGAAGUCGCCGUACUCCGGACAAUGUCGUGGCUUGAGAUCCAAGGAAAAAUCAACACCCAAAUGCUGACGCCCAACACCAAAUACGGAGCCUACCUCGUACUGAAGAUAUCCGACCGAGCUUUUGGCCUCGAUCUGAUGCCAUCGGAAGUAUCGGUCCAGGUGGGUGACAACGAAGCCUGUCGAAACACGGCGUACAUCCGUCGCCGGGAAAAUAUCCACGUGGAGGCUAUAGAGAGGAUGAUGUACGGGAACAGGACCGAAGUGCUGAAAUUGAUGGUGGCCACCGGGGGAGAAGGGAGGUUGCCGGCGGAGAGGGAAGACGGUUGGUUGGAGAUUGCGAUUGGGGACUUCUUUAGCGGCGAAAAGAGCGUGGAAGUGAAGAUGGGCUUGAAGGAAGUGAUGGGCCACCACUUGAAAGGUGGGCUUAUUGUCCACGGGAUUGAAAUUAGGCCCGAAAACUGAAAAAAAAAAAAAAAAACGAAACUAUUGUAUUUUUAUUAAUUCGUUUAAUCUUUUUUCUUUUACUAUUUGUGAUUAUAGAGAACUAAACGUCAUAUACAUGUAGAUAAAUAUCAUCAUAAAUACAGUGAUACAGAUUAAAAAAAAAGUUAUUAUACAUAAAUGAGAGAUUACAAGAAUAUUUAUUUAUUACA